AUGACAGCCACCAGCUGCACCAUCGAGAGCCCCGUCGGCCCGCUCACGAUCACCGCCGAGGACGGCGCGGUCACGGCGGUCGACUUCGGUGGCGGCGGCGGACCCCGCCCAAACACAGGCGUGCUGACGGAGGCCGCGCGCCAGCUCACCGAAUAUUUCGCCGGCGACCGCCGCGAAUUCGCGCUGCCCCUCACGCCCCAAGGGACGCCCUUCCGCCGCCGGGUGUGGGCGGCGAUGCAGGCCAUUCCCUAUGGCGAAACCCGGAGCUACGGUGACCUCGCCCGCGCGCUUGACAGCGCGCCCCGCGCCAUCGGCGGCGCCUGCGGUGCCAAUCCGAUCCCCCUCAUCAUCCCGUGCCACCGGGUCGUCGGGGCAGGCGGCGCGCUCGGCGGCUUCUCCGGCGGCGCCGGCUGUGAUACCAAGCGCCAACUUCUCGCGCUCGAACGCGCGCUUCCGCCGACGCUUUCGGUCUGA